ACAAGAUGGCGGCGGCAGGUCCGAGCACUCGGGCUUCCUCCGCGGCGGCCACGGCGGCUCUGAGUCGGCGGGGCCGCCGCGGCCGCUGUGACGAGACGGCGGCCGCGAAGACCGGAGUUCCGAGCCCGGCCUCCGGCCCCGCGUUGCUAGUGCUGCGCCCGCCGCCGCGGUCGGAGGAGUCGGGCUGCGCCGGGCGCCCGGAGACCCUGGGGGAAGUGGCGGCCCCGCCGUGCGGCCACUCGCGGUGCCGAGGCUGCGCCUCGCGCGCGGCGGGCCCGGGCUGCCGUCGCUGCCGCCCCCGCGGCUCGGGCUGGCCCCGCCGUCGGGCCCGCGACGACGGCCAGGCCGCCGCGGAGCCGCUGGGCGACCGCGCCGGUCGCGGGCAGCCGGAGCGCUGCCGCCCGCGCCGGGAUGGGGGCGCGGCCACCGCGGGGCCCAGGCCGGAGCCGGAGCCGCGCGCCGAGCCAGAGUUUAUAUUCAGAGCACCAAUCAAAUUAAGCAAACCCGGAGAACUUCGUGAGGAAUAUGAAUGCCUGAGAAAGCUGAGAGAAGAGAAGUUACAAGAAGAAAAAACUUGUGAAGACCAGAUCCACAAGAUACUGCAGGAGGAUUCAGAAAUGGGGAAGAGGAAAACAGAUGAACAGAAAAAAAGAGACGAGCCAGUAGUGCUGAAAACUAGCCUGGAGCAGUGUCCUGCACGGCUGUCGGAUUCAGAGAACGAAGAACCAUCUCGGGGCCAGAUGACACAGGCACAUCGCUCGGCCUUUGUUUCCAAGAACAGCUCCUACUCCUUAGCCUUCCUGGCAGGGAAGCUAAACACCAAGGUGCAGAGGAGUCAGAGCUGCAGUGACACAUUGCAGGACAGAGUGAGGAGCAGGCUCAGAACAGCUCCACCCAACAGAGCCAAGGUCACAACUAUAACUCCAGGCUCCACCCCCAUUAUUGGUGUUCUCUUGUCUACUCAAAAUAACCGCUGCCUCUCAGCCCCUGACUUAACCAUAGAAAAGCGCCUGCCCUUCAGCUCCCUUUCAUCCUUGGCUUCCUUGCAUAAGCCCGAGCGCUCUAUCAGCCCGGAAAGCAAUGACAGCAUCUCUGAAGAGCUUAACCACUUCAAGCCUAUUGUCUGCUCGCCAUGCACUCCCCCCAAGAGACUCCCUGAUGGCAGAGUGCUCAGUCCUCUCAUCAUCAAGUCAACACCCCGCAACCUGAGCAGGAGCCUGCAGAAGCAGACUUCUUACGAGGCCAGCCCUCGGGUCCUCAAGAAGUGGGAGCAGAUCUUCCAGGAACGGCAGAUCAAGAAGACCUUUUCCAAAGCCACUCUCACCUCCCUGGUCCCUGAAGCAGGGGAAGAGUUACUGGGCUCUGAAGCUGUCCACUCUAGCAAGGAGAGGCCGCCUUUGGCUUUAAGUACAAGGCUGUCCAGGGCCCAGGUACUCUCAGAGUGUGCUGGGCCCACCUCCACUGCCCUUGAGUAUUUCCCUGCUCAUAACCAGACAAAAGUAGACCAGGACUGUGUUAGGAAAAGGAGCCAUGAGGUCCCGCUGGAAACCUGCCGCUCCUCAGAGCACAGAGGAGCAGCCAGUGGUCCCUCUCUGGAAGAGGAGCAGUCUGAGGAGUCACAGUCCACCGUAGAUGCCACAGUAGUGAAAACUUGUAUAAGCGCAGUCAUGAAGACCUCAGCAGUUAAGUCAGUGCCACCCAAAAAUGAUGUUUUGGGUGGGGUCCUCAAAACAAAGAAACAGCUGAAGACACUCAGUCAUUUUGAUCUGGCUAAUGGCAUUCUGGUCAGCAGCUUAGGAGAGGAGCCAAAUUCUUCCCUGCGCAGGGGCCGGAAGCGGAGCUGUAAGACCAAGCACUUGGAACAAAAUGGUGUUAAGAAACUGCGACCGUCCAGCGGUGACGUGGGCCAGGCCUCCAGAGACCCAAGGCUGAGUGAGGUGGGGCGGAAACUGCAACAGCAGGAGGAGAAGCAGCAGCUGGUUCUGCAGUCACAGCACACAUUUGACAGUGAGAGGCGGACUAUGAGCCGGCGAAAAGGAAAUGUCGAUCAGUAUCUGUUGCGGUCCAGCAGCCUGGCUGGGGCCAAGUAGCACUUACUGCACAGUGUAAUGUCACUUGCUCCUCAGAGGCCCUCAGUCAUUUACCCAAAAGAGCCAGCUGAGUGUUCUCACUUUGGGUUUCUUUUCAGUGGCAAAACACUGUCUAAUCUGGUUCUGAGAGGUUUCAGGGCCUUGGUAAUCAAAAGCCAAGUGUCUGCAUCUUUGGUUCUCUAGGACCUGGGCUAAUACUCCUCACCCCCUGAGCGAGCCAACUCUGAAGGCUUCUGGACCCAAAUCUGGUAACACCGACUUGGAAUGAGAUUGGGAAUGGCCUCGUUCACGAACAUGAUGGCCAGAGUUCGAGAUGCUAGGGAGAGGGGAUGCCUUCUCACACAUAAAACCCCUGGCUUCUUACAGCAGAGCUGUUUCCAGUUAGCCUUACAGAGACAAGCAGUGCAGUACUUCAGAAGAGUCCAGAUAAAUAGCUGAUCUUGUUCAUCUUUCGCUCCCCUUUGCCACAAGUAACUCUACAUACCCAAAUCAGUUGAGCUUAGAACUUUUGCUUCUACAGAAGUCGAUUUACAUUCUGUGUUUAAACUAUGACAUUUGAUUGAUGCUGUGUGAUUAACACCUGGUCUUUCUGAGGCCUAACUUGUAAGUGCUGUCAGCUGGGUGAUGAAGCCGCAGUGCAGACAUUCAGGUUCUCUUAGCUGCCAAGUGGCAUAGCGCAAUCUGACCACUGGGUCUCCUGGCCACAAGUCGCAUGGAUUCUCCACAAUUGUACAGUGCCCAAAGGAAAUCCAUCCUAAGGGUGUGCCAGGGCUACCUAGGGAGACUGGCUAGGCCCUGAACGUGACCCUGCAAAGCCCACCUAGAAGCAAUUGACAUUGAUGGGAUGUAGAUCAUAGGACUGCAGUGAUCUCUCCCUAGCCUGUUUACAGGCUCCUGUUUUCCUAGGAGUCCCAGCCUAUUAGACAAACUAGGAGGUUUUCUUACUACUUUCCACGUGGCAAUGGCUAUCUGCAAUUUUUCUAAAAAUCAUGAAAAAACUUGCCCCAAAGUCAGGCAGAGAACAAGCUGAAACUCCAUACUGUGGAAACAAGGAAUCUAGCUGGAUACAGCUGGUAAAUUCAGUCCCAUGGACCUUUGGGGUUUAUUUUUCUUAGCAGCUGACACCGUGUGUCUUUUGCAUCCCUGGUGGUGCUUGGUGCUUCUGCCCUUCUGGGCUCAUUGAGAAUAGGGAUUAUGAUAGGAUUUUAGGGACUCUCAGGUGGGCUGGCCUUCCCUGUGUCUGUAUGAGUUGUUACCAUAAUCAUGUGACUGGCAUUUUAACAAACCUUCCAAAGCUUUUAUACCCAUCCUGUGAUGUCCCCUUGAAAGAUCCCAGCAGGAUACUGCAUAGUUCUCCAGUGAAGUUGCCUUUGAUCAGAAUGUUUCCAAAACAUUCAAAGUCUAGAAGUAGCUGGCACUCCAAGCUCACUGCUCAGUGCCCGAGUGAGGGUGCCUGUGGUGCUGCGUGCUCAAGGCAGAUGGUAGUCUUUUUGGGAUUCUAGAAGAGAGAACUUUAGAUUUCAAAUUAGCCAGGGCUGGUUGAAGCUUCUGAAGGGAGGGAGGAAGCCAGGUGUCCCUUGAAGCAGACAGAGCUACUUUCUCUGCAGCUCAUAGUUGACUGUUUCCAGGGAUGCUGGGUGUGUGUGGCCAUUACCAAGAUAGGUGGCUUCAGCGGCUGCUCUGGCGGGGAACCCGUGUGAGCCCCAGGGUGUGGGUGUAUGUUUUAAAAGCAUAGUAGUCUUACUACUUUAUACUCAUGCCACUUUACUUCCCAUCCUGGCAACUUAACGCUUUGAGGGCUGCUGAAGGCGUGAGAGUGCCCCAAAUAGGAGAGUGAGCCCUGGUCUGCAUACACCAGGACAUUCCAUUGGAGAAAACUGUGAAACUCCUGCCAUUUCACUCAUUUCCUUUAUGAUCUUAGUAAUUGUUAUUGGAAGGCUAUUACUGGGGAGUAUCAAAGAUACCUAUUUUUUCACUUGCCACCCUUUUAUAUGGCACUAGUCAUUAGAAAAACACUUUCAGUUGCAAUUAUUCUUUGGUUUUGGGAAAAAGAUUAACUAUUUUAAUAGAUGAAAGAUAUAUAUUUUAAAUAUCCCCUCGCUCCUAGUGACUACCUUCGUAAGCGUGUGCAACAGUGGCAGCACUGUGGCCUCGGGUGCAGUGCUGCUGCUGAGUGAGUGUUGGGGAUGCUGGCUGGGCUGGGGCUGGUGCACCCUCAGUGAGACUUGGGGCUGUAGCCGCUGAGCAGCGGCCCUGGGAGUAGCAGCAAGGCAGCUUAUGUUGAGGAAUGGCGCACUCUUCGGUCUGCCUAGCUUCGAAGGUGGAAAACUGCUAAAGUAUCUGCGUGCAAGGUGCUCUCAGAAUUAAGUCACUGACACCCGAACACCUGAAUUUUCGUUCCUGAAAAUUCCUAUCUCGGGAUUUGACUGAAGCCCAUGGCAACUACAGCUGUUGCUGUGGCUCCCCUAGAGAGUAAGUAGACAGGGAAAUAGGGUGUUUGGGUUGGUAAGCUGGAGUGGAAGGUACCGUUUCACAGAGUACUUCUCGCACGUCACCGCAGUCUUAGUCACCAUGCAUAUUGCCCACAUUCUACUGUGUCCUUGUGUGUAUGCAUUCUGCUUUUUUUUCUUAUUAAAGAGGAAAUUAUGAGGAACAGGAGAGUAAGUCUUUCUGAUGGGAAACCCAAGAGCUACGCCAUCCCUCAAAAGGGCUUGGUUGCCCGUCUGCAGAGAAGGUAACCCUGGUGAUAGUCAUGAAUGGCUGCUUGUACCUGUUGGCAGAAGCCAUCUGGGCCUAAUGGAUUGAUACAGUCAGGAUUACUCAGCCAGCACCUGGCCUCUGUCCCUUAGUUGCCCCUUUAAAAAAAGCCCUGGUUGAGGCUUGUCUAGGAAUCCUUUCCUAAUUAACUUCAUUAAUUAAAGAAAAAAAAAUCAUUCUUUGUGUGGAGGAAAUACUGGUCAUAAUUUUUUUAAGUUAAAUCACCCCUCAUAAAUUAAAGCUAUUUAAUUAUUAUCUGAUUACAAACUGACCACUGACUAAAAUGUAAAACUGCUGGCUGAAGGCUGUGUUCAUUCAGCGGGCACCUACAGUAGGCACUUCGGAGCUCUUAGACACCCCAUCCUGUCCUGGACGGUAUGGAAAUCCCUAUUGUGGAGGGAUUGCUCGGGGCAGUGUGUGGACGUGUGUUCGGCUGGAGAGUGCAGUAAUGGUCUUUGAAAGGCCAUUUCACCUGUGCUAAGGCUCUUCGGGAGAUUGCACGCAGCAGGUCGCCCACAGUAUUUCCCGUACCUUCCCAGUAUUUAUGAGUUUGAUUAACUUGGCUUCUAUUCCCUAAGUAAUUUUCCCAAAGAAGAAUAGAUUUUCUCCUGCAGUGAUUAUCGAACAAAUCGCCCCUGUUCCGAAGCUGCUUUUGGCCCUGAUAGGGCCAAAGAAACCUGUCCUUGAUGACCUCCUAAUGUAUCCCAAACUGACCUCUCCCCAGAACCAGCAGUGGCUUUCUUCCCACCUUGUCAUUAAAAUGGAGGGUACCAAGGCUAGCUCAUCAUUAUGGGAUGUAAAAUCUGGACCAGCCCCAGCCUCUAUCUUUACCACUGUUCUGGUUUCCACUGUAGUUCUCUAGGACCCGAAUAAUUGUGAAAGUUUCACAAUUUGUGAAUGAAGGGGACAUGCAAAUGACAGGUUUUAAAAUGGCUUUUUCUUGUGUUUUCUUUGUUAAAAUGUACCUUUAUUCCUGGAAUACACCUGUAAUGUGUAGGGUACUUAGUGGGAAAACCUCAUAGUGUGAGCUAAGUAAUGAGUGGAAUUUUGGUUGGAGUAGUUGUCAUUUUAAUUACAGCCUUUGUUGUUUCUUUCAAAAAUUAAACUCCACAGGGCCUUAACCCUUUCUUUGCCAGCCCUUCUCUCAUCAGCCUGUAGGAUACUCUCUAGAUUUAGCCUUUAGGGUGAAUGGAGCUGGUUAUAAGUUCUUAUGAUCCAGUAAGGUGUGAGGAGCAGAUGUUGGGAACGCAGCUGUUGCACAGGUUUUCUCUGGAAGAUGCCCCGGAAAUGCACCUUUCCCAGAUGGCUAUCCACUGCAGCAUUCUAAAGAUUGUUCUGUAGAGGAGACUUAGAGAUACACAGAGGUUACCAGUAUAGUCAAACUGGAUGGAGGAAGACGUGCCAAGCCCACAUGAGCAGAUGGCUCUGUGUAUUGCCAGUAUUUCUUCUGAGGGGGGAAAUAUAUUCUUGUGUUUUCUGAGUGUGUUAUCAGGAAUGUGGGAUCUUAAACCAUGUGAGAGCUGACUUUACACUGUAAGCUCCGUCUGUCUUCUGGUGCCUUUGGGUCCAGAAGGAGUUAGACAGUGCCAUGUUAAUGCCAGGCUAGCUCAUGUCCAGUCUGUACCACUGACUGUGAGGCACAGACAAUUCAGUCUUCAGAUGUCAAGCUGGGUAAGGAGCAGCUUCCAACUUGGUUCUAGAUUCCUGCAGCAGCAGUCAGGUUCUCCCUAGCUGAGCCACCAGUGCAGCCCAGCAGGUCCCAGUUUGCAUCAGACAUGUCUGUCCCUAAGCCUCCAGCAAAGCAAGGAAACAGAUACUAUGCAAGACGGGAAAUAACUAGCUGAAAUGCCAACGUGUUUUGUUUUGUUUUUCACCUGAUGCGCUGUUUACUCCUAACUGUACAAAUACAAUUGUUCUAAGAGCCAAGAGCAGAACCUUUCCACCUAGAAAUAGAAAAUGCUUGUCUGUUGGCUUUAGGCUACCUGCUACAGCUCCUUGUGGUCUGGUGGUUGUGACUUAUUCAACCUGUUUACAUUAGAGAUGGGGCCCUGGAUCCUGGUGGACUGCCACUGCUCUGUGUACCCCCUUGACUCUUUGACAGAGGACUUGGGGCAGGGUAUGCCCUGUCAGGGCUUUUACCACAAUGGUGUGAGAUCAAAUGGGAUGAUGUGUGAUUGAUACAGUACCAAAGUGCAUUCUUCAAUGUGUAUGUGCCUGUUCCAGGCUAGGCCCAAGGUGAAAGUGCAGUAAAGCAGACUCAUUAAAGCAAA